AUGGGCAUCACAGCCAUUCUCCAACGCCUCCACCUCCUCCGCUCCUCAGAAUGGGACCCCCCAACCCCGCUCGACCACCUCCUCACCGAUAUGCAAUCCUGGCCUCUUUCCAUCAUUCCCAUCCACCUCCACUUCCUCCGCCUUGUCGUCACUCACCUCUACCAUCUAUUUCUUUUUCUCCGCGGGCACGCCUUCCACCCGCCCUCGAAUAUCCCGCCCAUCCGCGUCGUCUGUAUCUCCGACACACAUAAUUAUGAGCUCGAUCUGGCUAGGAUUCCCGACGGAGAGGGCGGUCUGCUGAUUCAUGCGGGAGACUUGACGGAUGAUGGAAGUAGGGAGAGUAUUCAGAGGCAGUUGGAUUGGUUGGGGGAGGUUAGGAGGCGGAAGGGGUUUGAGAGGGUCUUGGUGGUGGCGGGGAAUCAUGAUGGGUUUUUGGAUAAAGAAGGGGCGAGGCAGGUGCUGUUUGGGGAGGGAAGUAAGGGGGAUGGAGAGUUGACGUGGCCGGAGGGGGUGCAGUAUUUGGAUGGGAUGGUGGGAGAGGGAGAAAAUGGAGGUGUCAUGACGAUUGAGUUUGAGGGGAGGGCAAAGGGGAGGAAGUUGAAUGUUUGGGGAUGGGGAGGGGUGCCGAGAUGUGGAGGACCGGAGCAUGCCUUUCAAUACGACCGCGCUGCCCACCCCUGGACGAACCGCAUCCCCGUCGAAACCGACAUCCUCAUCACGCACACCCCUCCCCGCCACCACCUUGACCUCGGCCUCGGCUGCGCCGGCCUCCUCGCCGAGCUUUGGCGCGUCAAGCCCAAGCUGCACGUGUUCGGCCACGUCCACUGGGGCGCCGGCCGCGAAGCCGUCUACUACGACGAGUGCCAGCGGGCGUACGAGUCGCUCAUGGCGCGCGGUGCUGACGUUCCGUUUCCGCCUGCUUUUCCUUCGAUUUUCUCAGUUUGGAUGGACUCGAUGGAUGCUGCGAGGGUGAUUUGGCAUGGGACUACUGCUGUGGUGUGGAAGUGGGUGAUGCAGGGGCCGGGAUCGAAUAAUGGGGCGCUGUUGGUGAAUGCUAGUGUGACUUAUGGGAAUACGGGGAAGGUGAUUAAUCCUGUUCAGGUUGUUGAGUUGUGA